CUAACUUAUUCGUUUUGGGCCCUUAUAUUGUACGCUGGCUCUGCGAUGAGCACUUAAAUUUGGUGGUCGACUUACGCGGGGCUCGCAUGGCAUGGGGAGCUGUAGGACGCUCCUAGAGCGUGGCUCGCGUUUGUAUGGACUUCCUCAUGAAACAGGCUGUUUUAGGGCAGCGCCGGCGCGUUCGCAGGUGACAACCUAUCCUGAAGGAAGCUCUUGCAAGGCUCGCGCAUUAACUCGCCAGCAGCAUCUUCGAGAGCAGCCGAUCCAUCCCAAAGUACUGUACCAGGAAGAGCAACAUCUCCAUGCAGGCCAAUCAAGGCGCAUGUCGCCGGGCGUCGCGGACGUGCCUUGCGAUGGCUUGCAAGCGUGCAUGGGCUCUUCGGGCCCCUCCAGUGUGCAACCGGCGGCAGUGCUGCUUCCACCAUCUCUGGACGGGUUCAUCAGGGAUUGUGGGCUUGCACCCGAGCCCUGCUCGCCGCAAGACCCAUUGUCAGCCCAGCACUCACAACAUGGCCAGCUACAUGAGCAUGAGCAGUACCGGCCUCAGCUAGCGCGCGGUUCCCCACACGCUCGUACUCCUACCACCCGUCCCGCCCAUUCUGGAGCCGUGACAUACAGCCCACAGCAGGAGCCACCGCCGCUACAGCAUCAACAGCAUCCUGUAUCGGCCGCACAAAACUCCUCAGACCUCAGCGGCCUCACCAGCACAGCGCAGUCGGCCAACCCUCCUGAGCAGCAGGGCCUUCCUGGCCGCCGGUCCCAAGGCCUGCAGCAUCACGGGCAAGGCAAGGGGCAGUUGAGGCAGCACCAGCACCACCAGCAGCGGCAGCAACUGCGUGGGCAGCCCACCAACCGCGGAUCCAGCCCCGACCAGCAGCAGCUGCGAGCGCUGAGCGCGCACGCACCCCCAGCCCACGGGCCCCAGCGUGGGGAGCUGCUACCAAGUGCGGGAGGGGAAGGAGAAGCCGGGGCCCUGCCGCCCUACCUGGAUGCCGCUGUCCGGAGCGCGGGCGAGGUCAGCACGAGUGAGGCGAGCAGCAGCAGAGGCGGUAGUGGGGCUGGCGGCAGGGCGGGCUUGAGAGGAAGCCGGGGUCAUGGGGCCGUAUGGGGACGCGAGCGAGGACAGGGGCUUAGUGCUGUGAAGGUCGGGCCCAGUGUAGAUCAAGACCGUGGAUUGACGCCGGCGGUAGCAGAGUCUAGUACGGUAGGCGGCGGUACGGCAUCAGCAGCAACGGCGGCGGUUGGGCUCGUUGGAGCCUCCGCUGCUGCCGUUGGUGCUCCGGGCCACCUGGGAGCACCGUCUCCGGGAUCCGACGCCUGCAACGGCUCCAACGGCAACUGCAGCAACGGUAGCGGUAGCAGCAGCAACAGCAGCAGGUUAGAUAGGCAAGGCGACGGCUACAGCAACGUCAGCACAACUAACAGUACGGGUUCCCACAGCUUUAGCUGCUCUAGCAAUGUUAGCAGCAGUAGCAGUGGCGCCAGGCAGCCACACAGGGCAGGCACGCCCCGAUCUCGUCAGCGGGACAGCGGUGACGGCGACAGCGACGGCGGCGUCACGCCUCCUUCACCUCCACCUCCACCGUCAGCCUCAGAGCUCCCUUCUCCAGCUAUCCGGGUCGGUCGGGGCGGCAUUCGCUACCGUGUUUCCGACGGCUGGCGCAUUCCCCGCUCCCCAAGCCGCCAGGAGCAUCGGCUGCUGAAGCGGAAGGCGUGGUGGCGGCGCGCGGCGCUGCGGCACCGGCCGCCAACCCUCGCCGACAUGCGUUUGACGACGCGUGUGAUGCGCGCUCUGCACUGGCGGGAGAUCUUGGAGUUGCUGGUACGGCACUUGCAGGAGCACGAACUGGGCAUGAAGGCGCAGCUGGCUGCUGCGGGUGCGGCACACAACGCUGUGGCCUUGCCGCCGCAGUCGCUGUCGCAGUCGCAGCCACUGCAGUCGCAGCCACUGCAGUCGCAGCCACUGCAGCUGCAACCCCCGCUGGGGCAGCAGCAGCAGCAGCGGGACAGCCAGCAGCAGCAGCAGCUACGGCGUCUUCCGGAUGCUCCGGUUCAGGUGCAGUCGUGCCCACCGCAGCAGCCCCAACCGCACUUGUCCGCUACGACGGCAGCGGCGGCUGGGCCUCAACCACACCUGCCGCCCCAUGCAGCGGCGUUUAGCCCCAGAACUGCCCCCAACGCCGCUGCGGCCAGCAUCGGCAGCAGCAUCAGCAGCAGCGGCCCGUUCCUAAUGCAACCUCCGAUGCAGCCAAUGCCGCUGUCCAUGCUGCCGCUGACACCGAAGCACGUUGCCGCCAUGCUUACACGUACGGCACGUCUGGUGGCGGCUACGGGGUUGCCGUCGCACCCGGCGGAAGCACGGCAGCUGUACGGCAUGGUAUCCCGGCUGGCGCGUUGGGGCGGCAUGAUGACCAAGUCUCCUGACAUGCGGAUGCGGGAGGUCGUGUCCAUCUUUUACGCGCUAGUCCGGCUGCGCCACCCCUUGUUGAAGCCCUACUUCAUCGGCCUCAUGGGGGCCGCCCGCAGCCGCUUCGCAACGUGGUCGGCCGCUGCCGCUGCCCGUAGAGCUGCUGGUGCUGCUUCCGCUGCUGUUCCCCUCGCUGCUGCUGCUGCUUCGGCGGCGGCGGGGUUAACGUGCGGUGUCAACAGCAGCAGCAGCAACAGCAGUACUGGCAGCGGCGGUGGUAACAGUGCUGAAAGCGUCUCGGGCUUUGGACACGGCGACGGAAACCUUCGCAGCGGCAGCGGCGGUGGUAGCGGUCAGUCGGUUGGUAAGACAAGUAGCUCGCAAUGGAAAGGAGGGGCCCAUGCAAAGAAAACUCGGACGCUGCCGUACAAUGCGUACGACAUGUCGCAACUGAUUUGGUGCAUCGCAUCUUGCGGCAUUAACGGGCUGCGAGAGGACUGGGCGGAGGAUUACGGCAUAGCGCUGAUGCGUGUCGUACGAGAUCUGACGGCGCAGGGGGCUAGCAACAUCUUGUACGGCAUGGCGAAGUUGCGAUCUCCGCCGCAGCCCAAGGUUCUGACGGCGCUGUGCAAGAGGCUCGUGACCCUUAUUAUGUACGACAGCUGCAUUGCUGGUGAUGCGGCUACCCCCUUGCCGCAACGAACACACGUACGUCAGCAGCCAAUCGGCCCCCCAGCUAGCCAUCUGUCGCAGCACGCUGAGUGCGAGGAUACUGCAGCAGCAGCAGAGGCAGCAGUGGCAGCGUCCACGAUAGCCGCAACCGCCGAUACCAGCUCCCGCACGACACCAACCCGUCACGGCCACUGCCGCCCCGAAGACGUUUCCAUGUCCCUGUGGGCCCUCGCGACGCUUCGUCUUCCAGUAACCAACAGCAGCUGCAAGCUGCUUUCAGCCGCUGAGCGCUACGGGGCCGUCUACAUGCAGGACUUUUCACAACAAGAACUCUCCAACCUGGUUUGGGCCUUUGCCAAGCUGCAGUACAGGCCGGGCGAGGUUUGGAUCCAGCGAAUGUACGACACGGUCCUAAAUCUCCUGCAUGAGCUACAGCCGCAGGCGCUGGCGACGGUGCUGUACAGUACGGCGGAGUUGGGGCUACGGCCGGACGACGAGUGGCUGCAGGCUGUGUUGCGGCGCGCGGAGCAACGGCUGCGGUUCUUCACGCCGCAAGCGCUGGCGAUGGUCGUACACGCGCUCGCGGCCAUGGAUUACCGUCCUCAGGCCUCCUGGAUGUCGGCUUUCCAUGCAUGCUUGGAGGCACGCGGGCAGCUAGACAUCCGGGUCCUCGACAAGGUCCGAGAGGCGUACCGCAAACUGGGCUUCCGACCGGGCUACGCAACCGCUAACGGUCGGGCGCCAACGAAUGCACGUGGCAGUGGGUGGUACGGCUAUGGAGCAGCAGCGGCAGCGCGUACGCUGCCGCAGGGACGCAUUGCUGGGUCAUGGGGCUUGCGUGAUGGACCCAUGGGUCAGCCGGGCGGCCUGGCGAGAACACCGGAGAGAUGGGAUUCGGAGCGCGAGCUUGAGCGAGUUGGAGUAGGACGGCGAGGUGGCGGCGGGGCGGAAGAGCCGGCUGCACUUGUUCGGCCGUCUCGAUUUGGCUGAGAAGAGAAAUGAGAGUGUAGCCGAGUGAGAGCGCAGGAGAUGCGGCUGAGGAUUUUGAGAGGGUCCGAGAGACAAGUAUGCAGGAAGGUAGAGCAAGGACAGGUGGCUACCGUAGAAGCAGUAAGCAGCGACGCAGCUGGGGAUCGCAUUGUCCUUGUAGAUUGAGAAAUAGGAGCAAACAUAGAUUUCAGGUGCUGCCAGGGUCUAGAAGGUGUGCUUACGAAUCUUGGUUGGUGUGGCACGACAUGAGCUUCCAGUCAGGCCGAACCCUCGGUCGCACGCUUGGCUGGACUUGGCGUACUACUAUAGCAUUUUGUUGAAAACCAAAUGCCCUGUUUGUGCUUAAUGCGAUCCAAGGCGUAUUGGGUCAUGACAAGGCUGUGAGCCCCAACAUGCGGCCAUGGGGCGGAUUCGCGGGAAAUCCUGCUGGCGGCUUGUACGAAUGGCGCGCGUACGCCAUUUUGCCCGCCAUGUAAGCGACAACCCGGACGCGUUGCAAGUACUUGUGUUG